CUCAGAUCUCAUCUCUUAAAAAAUCAUAUCAAAAAAUUGCCAUUGAAUUUUGUUAUUCAAAUAGCAUUAGAUGUUGCAAGAGGGUUGAGUUACCUUCAUUCCAAGAAAAUUGUUCACAAAGAUGUAAAGACUAGUAAUUUAAUUAUGGACAAGGAUGCAAGAGUCAAAAUAAUUGAUUUUGGAGUUUCUAGAAUUGAAGCUUCAUGUCCUCUUGACAUGACUGCCCAAAUUGGCACCAUCGAUUACAUGGCUCCUGAGGUACUUAUUGGUGUACCAUAUGACCAUAAAUGUGAUGUCUAUAGUUUUAGAAUUUGCUUGUGGGAGAUAUAUUGUUGUUCUAUUCCAUAUAAUGGAAAAUUCCUUCUUCUGACACAAGUCCAUGUAAAUACAAGAGUCUUAAGGCCAGAAAUACCAAACAAAUGUCCAAGUAUUGUGGCCAACAUAAUGAAGCAAUGUUGGCAUGCAGACCCAAAAGAGAGGCCAGAGAUGAAGGAGGUGAUGCUCAUGUUAGAAGCCAUUGACACAUCUCAAGUUGCACAAAUGGAUUGUUUUCACUUUCAUUAGACCGAACGGAUUAUAAUGUACAAUAGACUAACUAACUUUGGUCAUAGAAGCUUGUAUACAUAGGUUUAGGACCAUUCUUUUAUUUUAUUUUAUUAUUCUUUGAGA